GCGCUGAUUGAUGCCGGCCGUUGUCUCUUUUGCACUUCUUAGUGCGACGAGCGUAUUGAGCUGGAUGCAUUUAUGGCACGAGUCCUGCUUUCUAUAUGUGUAUAGCUGAUGAUGAUGUUUCUCACUGCUUGUAUUGAAUGGCCCGCUGGAGUUGCCGUUGCACAAAGCGACAAAGCGACACAACACAUCAACAAAGCAAAAGCGCCUACUUGACCCGCAUGUGCAGCAGGGCUAGCACAGGAGCAAGCAGAGAAGGGACAAAGGAACCACGACGAUGGGCGUAGAACAGUCAAAACCACAGCGUCCAAGCACACCUGCAAGAGCAACACGAUCUAGCGAUACAAAACGACCACGUCCCCCGCGCAACCAAUCUAGCGCAUCGACCGCGACACUUGAAACGCCCAAGAAGGUCAAACUCGACGACUUGCUUGAACAUGCAUCACCGGCGCGACACACAACUGGGUUUGAUGCGCAGGAUACCUUGCCCUCUAGAAUAGACCAGCGCGUUGCAUUGCCCCUGUCGCCGCUCAAUAGGCUCAAAAGCACCAAAACACAAUUAUCACCGGUACUACUACUACAGCCGACUCUGUCUGAUGCUGGCAAGAGGGCGCGGAGUGUAUCGCCUGUGCGACAGGUCCCUGCGCUCACUGCAGAGACGAUAGGCGAGUCGCCUGAAGCUCUUGCAUUGAUUCAUCGCCGGUCUUCUAUAUGCAGCGAAUCCCGGCUCGCAAACACGCAGGCCCAAGGAAGUCCCCGAGGGCGACAGCUUCAUUGCUGAGUCUCUGCCUUCAUCAGUCUGUGAAUCCCGAAAUUUGCAACAAUGCAACGCCCCACCCAUUCAUCAACAGACAGCCUUUGUCGCACACACUCGGCCGCAGCAACAUGACUUUAAAGGUCAAAGACAAAGA